GACAGCAAUGACAGCUAAGCAUUCAAAGCAAAUAGCUAUUUUUGUGAAAAAAUAAUAUUAUUAUUUUAAAAUGAACGAAAAUGAUGAUGAAUUGACAACAUUUUGUGAUUCAACGUCAUCGCUUGUUGAGGGAUGCCGUCUUCCUGUUCGUAUGCAAGGAGGAGACGACUGGCCACUCGCCGAAAUUAUAAGUAUUAAAGAAGUUCAGGGCCAAAGAGGAUUUUACGUGCAUUAUGUUGAUUUUAAUAAACGUCUCGAUGAAUGGGUGGGUGAAUCUUGGUUGGACACUCGUAAAGUCCAAUUCCCUCGACGGGAUGGAACAGCAACAGGUGGUACAACUACUCCAAAGAAAACACUCAUUGGAUCAGGAGGUGGCGUUAUGCCUACUUUUAUUAAUGACACAGUCUGCAAUGAGAAUCAGAAGUCUAGUAAUGCUAGAACUAUAACAAAUCAACUGACCCAACCCAAAACACAUGAAAAGGCCCAUUUUAGCAAUGCACUCAAUGGUUCCGCACAAAAAAAUGCACUUGCUGUGGUUGAACCAAGACAGUUGGUGUCCCGACCUGCCAGUCCGACCCUGGUAAAUGAUUCGUCGUCACUGGUCAAUGGAGGAGCUGUCCUCGCAGCAGCCUUACAGAAAAAGAUGAACAGAAAACGCAAACCGCCCUCUUUGGAUAAUGACGUCAGUUUACAUUCGGAGCCGUCACAAGAAGGUGAAGCGGACGCGACGGCCAGCGGCACGGCGACGCCGACGGCGCGCCCGCGACAGUCCGGCAGUCUGGUCGCGCACGGACACGACGAUCUCGUCACGCGGAUGAAGAACAUCGAGAUGAUAGAACUGGGACGGCACAGGAUACGACCUUGGUACUUCGCGCCCUACCCCCAGGAAAUGGUGAAUCUCCCUUGCAUAUACAUCUGUGAGUUCUGUUUGAAAUAUAGGAAAAGCAAAAAAUGCCUCGAAAGACACUUGAUCAAAUGCAAACUAAAACAUCCGCCGGGCAACGAGAUUUACCGCAAAGGAAGCAUAUCGUUCUUCGAGAUAGACGGACGCAAGAACAAAUGCUACGCGCAGAACUUGUGUCUCUUAGCUAAAUUAUUUCUGGACCACAAAACCUUGUACUACGAUACAGACCCUUUCCUGUUUUACGUCAUGACUGAAUUCGAUUCCAGAGGAUUCCAUAUAGUGGGAUAUUUUUCGAAGGAAAAAGAAAGCACGGAAGACUACAACGUAGCAUGUAUACUGACACUGCCUCCGUACCAAAGAAAGGGCUAUGGAAAAUUACUCAUAGAAUUUAGUUACGAAUUGUCAAAGUUCGAAGGUAAAACAGGCUCUCCGGAGAAACCGCUGUCGGACCUAGGACUGUUAUCAUACAGAAGUUAUUGGGCUCAAACCAUACUCGAUAUAUUAUUGCACAUCAAACCUGUAGGAGAUAAUGAAAAACCGGUCAUUACCAUAAAUGAAAUUUGCGAACUGACUAGUAUUAAGAAGGAGGACGUGAUCAGUACAUUGCAGAAUUUGAACCUCAUCAACUACUACAAGGGACAGUACAUUAUCUCGGUCAACCAGGAAACUCUUCAGCAACACGAGAAAGCAAUGGAAAAACGUAUGCUAAGAAUCGAUCCAAAAUGCUUACACUGGACUCCAAAAGAUUGGUCGAAACGGGCGAAAUGUGUUUGAAGUGAUAAUAAUGGAGACGAGAGCUAUCUAACUCAAGCUUCGACACGUGAAGAUACGCACUUCAAUCAUCGGAAUGUAACAGAAGAUACUGAAUUAUUAAAUUAAUUGUAUUUGUAUCCGAUAACUUUCUGUUUAAUAAACAGGACUUUAAUCUUCA